AUGGACCCAGCCACCUGCAACGAGUCUCGAUGUGCCUCUGGGCCUCCCCUCUCGCGGGGCGGCAGUCGCACCGACCAGUCCAACAAGAUGGACACCUCGUCCAAGCUCUCGAGCGCUGGUGCAUCCAACGUCGGCGACCUCGCCUACGGCGUCGACGACGUUGCUGCAGCGCCCCCAGCCGAUGCCAAGAUCUGGACCUGGACCGUCUUCAUCACGGUCCUCACCAUUUCGCUCUCGGGCGCCACCUACGGCCUCGAGAAUGCCAUCAUGAGCCCGCUCGCCGCCAUGCCCCGCUUUGUCGAAAAGUUCCAGGGCGUCAACCCGGACACCGGCGACCUUACCUUUACCGCAAGCCACCAGUCGAUGCUCUUUUCCAUCCCGCUGAUUGGCACAAUCCUCGGCGCUAUCCUCUCUUCGCCGCUGCAGAACCGGUUUGGUCGCAAGUGGACCCUGUUCUCGACGUACGUGUUCAGCAUUCCUGCCACGCAGUUGCAGCUAUGGUCGCCCAACCUCGCCGCCUUCAUCAUCGGCCGCCUGCUCAACGGCCUCUCGUACGGAUGCGCGCUGUCCAUCGGCCCGCUCUACCUGGCCGACGUGGUGCCCGCCAAGAUCCGCGGUGGUGCCGUGGCCUCAACCAACCUGCUCACCAUCCUAGCCAACCUGCUCGCCGCCAUCUGCUGCUGGUCGACGGAGAAGACGUACAGCGACCGCCGGCAGUACAUGGUCCCGCUGGCGCUGCAGGCGGCGCUGCCGCUGCUCCUCCUGGUGCCGACGCCGCUGCUGCCGGAGUCGCCGGUGUGGUUCGUGCAAAAGGGCCGGAUCGACGACGCGCGCAAGAGCCUGCGCAAGGUGCGCCCCGUCUCGGACGCGGCCAUUGAGCACGAACUGGGCAUCCUGAUCCGCGGCGAGCAGGAGCGCAAGGACCUGGCCAAGGAGACGCGCUUCACCGACAUCUUCGCGCGCGAGCACCUGGUGCGCACCAUGGUGGCCGGCUCGUUUUUCGCCCUCAACCAGAUCAGCGGCAUCAUCCUCAGCACGACGUACGCCACGAUUUUCCUGACGCAAGUGGGCGUGGCGGAUCCGUUUGUCCUCACCGUCUACGCAUACGUCUGCCAGCUGGUGGCGGCGGCGCUGGCCAUCUACGCCCUGGAGCGCGUCGGGCGGCGCUCGCUGGCGCUGCCCGGCUUCGUCGUGCUGACGGCCAUCGACUUUGUCGCGGGCGCGCUGGCCUUUCGCUCGUCGGACCCGGCCAUCGCCCAGACGAUUGCCGGGCUGGCCAUGGUGUUCAACUUUGUGUGGACGCUGUGCUUCUACUCGAUCUCGCUGCUGAUGCCGUCGGAGCUGCCGACGCAGCGGCUGCGCAACUACACGAUGUCGUACGCCAUCGGGUGGGGCCAGACGACGGCCGUCGUCACGACGCUCGCCGUGCCCCAGAUCACGGCGGCCGAUGCGGCCGGGCUGGGCGCCAAGGCGUACCUCAUCUUUGGCGGGUGCAUGGCGUGCAUCACUGUCGCCGCGUUUUUCCUGCUGCCCGAGACCAAGGGCCGGACGUUUGUAGAGGUCGACGAGCUGUACGAGAUGCGGAUACCCGCCUGGCGGUGGAAGGCGGCCCAGAUCAGCCUGGAUCGGCAGAGGCACCGCUCCGUCGAUCUCGGUCUCGGGACGGGGGCGGUGCCGGGUGGCGAUACUGCUGCUGCUGCUGCUGCUGCUACGUCGAUCCAGUCGGAAAAGGCGGAAAAGGAUCGAAACGUCACCACGACCAGCGUCGAGAGUGCCUAG